GUAUCUAUCUAUCACCCUAUCUUUACAUUCACGGUGUUAACACAUUUCCAUUCCGUCCGCAUCAUCAUCAAAUCAAAUUCUAUUAACAAACAUUAAUUAAUAAUCAAACCCAAUUUCCUCAUUCACACGGAACUUUCUCAAACAUUUUACCUAACUAACUAGUACCUUCUCGUUCCUUCCUUUCUUUUUCUUCUUCUUUCUCUCUCUUCCUCAUCUUUAAUUCUCCACCGAACCUUCUAGAACCACAUCAAUAACUCAACAAAAAUCUCUCUUUCUCUUCCUCAUGGCUCCGUCGCCAGCUCCGGUGGAAAACAACGGCGAAACAACCACAACCACCGUUGCAACACCCACCCUUGAGUCUCAGAGAUCUAUUCCUACACCAUUUCUGACAAAAACAUAUAACCUCGUCGAUGAUAAAUCUAUCGACGAGGUUAUUUCGUGGAACGAAGAUGGAUCCACGUUUAUUGUUUGGAACCCUACCGUCUUUGCUAGUAAUUUGCUUCCUAAAUAUUUCAAACACAAUAAUUUCUCCAGCUUUGUUCGUCAACUCAAUACUUAUGGAUUUAGAAAAGUAGUACCUGACCGGUGGGAAUUUUCAAAUGAGUAUUUUCGUAGAGGAGAAAAACGGCUUCUAUGUGAGAUUCAAAGGAGGAAGAUCUGUUCUCCAACACCUUCACCGUCGUCUGUUUCUGUUUCUGCUUCUACAAUAGCAGCAGAAACUACAACAGCGACGGUUGCAGUUCCUUCGCCGAUGCCGUUGACAGUAAUACCAACGGUGAUGCAGAUGAUUUCACCGUCUAACUCCGGUGAAGAACAGGUGAUAUCAUCGAGUUCUUCUCCAGCACGAGCACCAGCGGAGCUUCUCGACGAAAACGAGAGAUUAAGGAAAGAGAACCAUUUAUUGAAUAAAGAGCUUGCUGAUAUGAGAUUGCUUUGUAAUAAUAUAUACUCUCUAAUGUCAAAUUUUGCAAACAAUAACAGUCAAACAGACGGUGGUGCUCAAGGAAGUAGAGAAUCCGGUAUGACGGCGGUGAAUCCGAAACCGCCGCUUGAUUUGAUGCCGGCGGUUGCAAACCGGAGCUCCGGCGAGGAAAUGAAUCCGAAGCUAUUCGGUGUGGCGAUUGGAGCAAAACGAGUAAGAGAAAACGGUUGUGAAAAUGGGGAAAAAGAGGAUGAUACGCUGUUGCGGCUACAUCAACCUGGUUCUACGGAUGUGAAAUCAGAACCGUUGGAUUGUUCGGAUGGUGGUAAUGAUCGAACAGCGUGGUUGAAUCAGAGUCGUAGAAAGAAUCAGAGUUUGAGUAAAUGACACGUGGUGAAUUUGUAUUCAGAUUUAGGUUAAAUAGAGAAAAUGAUGGUGUAGGGAAUCUGAGACCGUGUGCACGCGGAGAUGCACGUGAUAAUGUUGUAGUCACGUGUGUCGUUUAACCGUAUGGGACCAAUACCCAGAAGUUUCUUAUGGGAAGUCAGAAGAAAACGAUACUGUUUUGUGUUGUCCCUUUUCUUUGUAUUUUCAAUAUUUUAUUUUUGGGUACUUUUUGGGAUUAAAGUAGAUGUGGACCGUAGAUGUACCUUUGUUUUAUUGUUUAGAAUUAUAUUAAUCCUAUAAUUAAUUUUGCAUCAAGAUAAGAUUCAUAGUGAUGUGAACUUAAACAAAAGUAAAUAUGAUAAUGCUUCUAUGUUGAACAA